GGGUAAAGUCGGUCACCGGAAGUAGAGAGCGACCGGACUGUUUUCGACGGCGCACCACCAAAGAUGGCGCCCACCUGGACCGGAAGUCCAGCGAAGGUACCAAGAAAGAAAGAUGGCGACGCCCUGACCAGAAGUCCUCCAAGGCCGUACACAAAGAUGGCGGCCCCGGCCCGAAAGUUCGCCCCGAGGCCACACUCAAGAUGGCGCCACCGGGACCGGAACUUAGCCCAGACCACACAAAAGAUGGCGGCGAGAGGCCCCCUUGCCUCAGAGAGGCGUCUAUCCUGUUGCCUGACUUCCGCCGCCACCCGGACCCCCGCCCCGCGCCCGCAGCGCCGUCUCGCCGCGCCGCCUCCCGCUGUGGGGACAGGGCAGGGGGCUCGGCAGCGCCGGGCGCGGGCAGGAGGUUCGUGAGCGGCGGUUGGCACCGGCGCGGGCAGCCCCAUAUCGGGGCCGCGGCGCGCAGCCUAGGCGCGACGACCCCAGGCAGAGGGCCGCCCCCUUCCGCUCCCGCUCCCGCCCACGCCCCCGCCCCGCUCGGUCCCGCCGUGCCCCGAAAAUGCUGUCGGGGCUGCGCCGCCGACUUUCCCCCCUGGAAGCGACCCACGGCAGGAGAUCCGACGUCGGGCUCUCCAGGACAUCGUCCCCGGGGUGACGAAGCUUAUGGAAAAAAAGACCAAAGGCCUCGAGGGAUGUUAUUCUUGACCCCCCGGGGCAAACGGAGGUGUUCACCUGGUCAGCGUCAGGAGCCAUCCUACCUGAGGCCCUGGCUCCCUCUUUCCCUUCGGUUGCCGUGGAUGUGCCGGACACCUCUGGCAGGACUAACCCUGUGGCUUUUAUGUCCAACGUGCUGUGUGCCUGCAGGUAAGAAAAGCUGGGAGUGCAGUCCCUCUGCUUUGCUUGCUGUGUCUCUUGGGUAGUGAUUUUGGAGGGGAAUCCCAGAGCGAUUUGGUUUGAAGGGGACCUUCAAAGGCCACCCUGUCUUCCGUGGGCAGGGACACCUUCCACUCUCAUCCCCGGUUGGAUGCUGCAAGUCCCAUCCAGCCUGGCCUGGAACACUUGCAGGGAUCCAGGGGCAGCCUCAGCUUCCCUGUGCAGUGUGCAUUUAAUAGCUCUCCACUGUCAUCAUGAAAAAUUUUGUCAGCACGUUUUGUUGGACGAUGGCAAGCAGGACCUGGGUGAAAAUUGGGGUUCUCUGAGGUGCAGAGGGAAAUAAUUCUCCUUUGAAGUCCAGUGUUAUUCAGUUUUGCACGAGUCUUGUCUGCCUUAUGUUUGAAUUGCUUUCUCUUCCAGGAAGUUUUAAAUUAAACUUUUAUUUUGUGUCUCCCCCCCCCAGUAUCCUGUCCAAGACCAAGCUACCUUUCCUCGUUGGAAUGGACUGGCCGGGCUUUGGCAGUCUGGCCCCUCGAAAGACUAAAGUGACCUCUUCCAGCAGGGGAAGACUUUCUGGCAAGCGGUACCAGAAAGAACUGGAGUUUCUGGAGAAUAAAAGCUGGAGGUGUGCCCCCGAUAAUCCU